AUACUUUCUGUUACCAACAACACAGAAUGUGCGAAGCUACUGGAGGAAAUCAAAUGUGCACACUGCUCACCUCAUGCUCAGAACCUAUUCCACUCACCUGAGAAAGGGGAAGCACCUGAAAGAGAACUAACUCUUCCCUACCUGUGCAAAGACUAUUGUAAAGAGUUCUAUUACACUUGCAGAGGUCACAUACCAGGUUUCCUCCAAACUACAGCUGAUGAGUUUUGCUAUUACUAUGCGAGAAAAGAUGGUGGUGUGUGCUUUCCAGAUUUUCCAAGGAAACAAGUGCGAGGGCCAGCUUCUAACUCCCUGGACCACAUGGAAGAAUAUGACAAAGAGGAAGAGAUCAGCAGAAAACACAAGCACAACUGCUUCUGUAUCCAGGAGGUAGUGAGUGGGCUGAGGCAGCCAGUGGGAGCAGUGCACUGUGGGGAUGGAUCCCAUCGCCUCUUCAUCCUCGAGAAGGAAGGCUACGUCAAGAUUUUCACUCCUGAAGGAGACAUCCUAAAGGAACCUUUUUUGGAUAUACACAAGCUUGUCCAGAGUGGAAUAAAGGGAGGAGAUGAAAGAGGACUGUUAAGCCUUGCAUUCCAUCCCAAUUACAAGAAAAAUGGAAAGCUGUAUGUGUCUUAUACCACCAACCAAGAGCGGUGGGCUAUCGGACCUCAUGACCACAUCCUGAGGGUCGUAGAAUACACAGUAUCCAGGAAAAAUCCACACCAAGUUGAUAUGAGAACAGCAAGAGUGUUUUUAGAAGUAGCAGAACUACAUCGAAAGCAUCUAGGAGGACAACUUCUCUUUGGCCCAGAUGGUUUCCUAUACAUUUUUCUUGGAGAUGGCAUGAUCACUCUAGAUGACAUGGAGGAGAUGGAUGGUUUAAGUGAUUUUACAGGUUCUGUAUUGCGCCUUGAUGUCAAUACUGACCUGUGCAAUGUCCCUUAUUCCAUACCACGGAGCAAUCCACAUUUUAAUAGCACAAACCAACCUCCUGAGAUUUUUGCACACGGACUCCACAACCCAGGCCGGUGUGCUGUGGAUCGCCACCCCACAGAUGUAAACAUCAAUCUAACCAUACUUUGCUCAGAUUCAAAUGGAAAGAACAGAUCUUCAGCAAGAAUCUUGCAAAUAAUAAAGGGUAAAGACUAUGAAAGUGAGCCUUCACUUUUAGAAUUCAAACCAUUCAGCAGUGGAUCCCUGGUUGGAGGAUUUGUCUAUCGAGGCUGCCAGUCGGAAAGGCUCUACGGAAGUUACGUGUUUGGAGACCGCAAUGGAAAUUUUUUAACAUUGCAACAGAGUCCUGCAACCAAACAGUGGCAAGAGAAACCUCUCUGUCUUGGCAACACUGGCUCAUGUAGAGGAUUCUUUUCAGGACCUGUCUUGGGAUUUGGUGAAGAUGAAUUAGGUGAGAUUUACAUAUUAUCAAGCAGUAAAAGCAUGACACAGCCUCACAGCGGAAAACUCUACAAGAUCGUUGACCCAAAAAGGCCUUUAGCCCCCGAAGAAUGCAAAAGAACAGCCCAGCCUGCACAGAUACUGACAUCUGAAUGCUCAAGGCAUUGUCGGAACGGGCACUGCACUCCCACAGGAAAAUGCUGCUGUAAUCAAGGCUGGGAAGGAGAGUUCUGCAGAACUGCAAAAUGUGACCCAGCCUGUCGACAUGGAGGUGUCUGUGUGAGGCCUAAUAAAUGCUUAUGUAAAAAAGGCUAUCUCGGCCCCCAGUGUGAACAAGUGGAUAGAAACAUCCGAAGAGUGACAAGGGCAGGUAUUCUUGAUCAGAUCCUAGACAUGACAUCCUACUUGCUGGAUCUAACCAGCUACAUUGUAUAG